CUCCACCCCUUCCUGAUGCCCCAGUGUUCAGAGAAGAGAAUCUGCAUCUGGAAGUCAGACAGGGACCCCUCAUGCCUGGCCUCCAGCCCUGCGUGCUGUCCUGCUGGAGCUCAGUGGGCGGAUGACGGGACCCUAGUGUGCGGGCUGUGGCUGCAGGGGAGGUGGCACCUAGAGAGGCUCCGGUGGCUGACGGUAGCCACUGCACCGGCUGGUCCCUUGCUGCCCAUGGUCUUCCAAGAAGAACCUGUGUCCAGGAGGCAGAAGAUGCCGUACUCCAGCCUGCAUCCAUCCAUCCCACGUCCCAGGGGCCACAGGGCCAAGCAGGCAGCUUUGGUCCUGCUGGGGGCCUGCCUGGUGGUCCUUUGGAGCACGGGGGAGCCACCGGACCACACUCUCCGGUGUCUGGUGGCCCACCUCGUCUCGUUGCAGCUGGGCCUGCUGUUGAAAGGGGUCUGCUGUCUGGCCGAGGAGCUGCACCACGUCCAUUCCAGGUACCGGGGCAGCUACUGGAGAGCUGUGCGGGCCUGCCUGGGCUGCCCCGUCCGCCAUGGGGCCCUGCUGCUGCUGGCCUGCUAUUUCUACUUCUCCCUCCCUCCGGACUCCAGCCUGCCCCUCAGCUGGGUGCUUGCUCUCCUUGGCCUCUCAAAAGCGCUCAACGUGCUCCUGGACCUCCAGGGCCUAACUCCAGCUGAGAUGUCUGCGAUCUGUGAAAAAGAAAACUUCAAUGUGGCCCACGGACUGGCAUGGUCAUAUUACAUCGGGUACCUGAGGCUGAUCCUGCCAGGGCUCCAGGCUCGGAUCCAAGCUUACAAUAAGCUCCACAACAACAUGCUGCGGGGUGCAGGGAGCCAACGGCUGUACAUCCUCUUCCCGUUGGACUGUGGGGUGCCUGAUGACCUGAGUGUGGUGGACCCCAACAUUUGCUUCCUGCAUAUGCUGCCGCAGGAGCAUGCUGACCGUGCUGGCAUCAAAGGGCGAGUGUACUCGAACAGUGUCUAUCAGCUUCUGGAAGAUGGGCGGCCGGUGGCUGCCUGUGUCCUGGAGUAUGCCACUCCCUUGCAGACCUUGUUUGCCAUGUCACAGGACAGCAGGGCUGGCUUUAGCCGGGACGAUCGGCUUGAGCAGGCCAAACUCUUCUGCCGGAUACUGGAGGACAUCCUGGCAGAUGUCCCCGAGUGUCAGAACAAGUGUCGUCUCAUCGUCUACCAGGAACCUGCGGAGGGAGGCAGCUUCUUGCUGUCCCAGGAGGUUCUCCGGCACCUGCGGCAGGAGGAAAGGGAGGAGGUUUCCCUGGACAGCUCGGAGGCCUUGGCAGUCCCAGACUCGACCACGCUGUCCCAGGAGCCGCAGCUCCUCAUCAGUGGGACAGAGCAGCCUCUCCCACUCCGUACGGAUAUCUUCUGGGGCCGGGGUCACCUCGCCUGAGCCUCCAGCGGUCCCCAAGAUUCUGGACUGGGGACUUCUUCAGGGGCUGCAUGUCCAGCAGAGCUGCUUCCACCCACAGGGGACCUGCAGGAGAGGGUGGGCCUGGACUUGACAUCUCCCGCUGAGUCUUGUGUGCUUGGCAAGGCUCACCUUGCUGAGCCUCAGUGUUCUCAUCUACAGAACAGGAUAACUGCAGCCCUUCCUGCCUCACAGGCUUGUUACGUAUGUGUGCAUGAAAUUCCGUGUAAAUUCUGACUUCAAACUUAAGAGGCGUGCAGGGAUCUGCACUUGGCCUCUCUGGGCUUCCCCUGCCCUGGACGCUGACCUGUCUGCUAACCUCAGUGGACCCCACUGCUCUCUGGCUUUUGGUCAUUGUUAUGGUUUAUGUCUGUGUGUCCCCCCAAAGCCUCCUGUGGCCAUGGGGCAGGCUUUUAAAGUUUGAUUA